UAAGUAUCUACUUGAUAGGCUCACACAAUCUUAAUCAGCCUAUAAUGGAGCUAAUGGCUGUUUGUCAUCCUUGGAGAUAUAAAUUUCCUGGUGAUGUCUACUGCAGUCAGCGCAUGAAGCCUGCUCUGACUGCCAGCAAGGGCUACUAAUCAGGAGAAGGGCAGCGGCUUCGUUAGAGCGACGGAGGCUGCACAGGCUGCUUUUCUGGGGAACUCUGCUCCUGAAAACCGAGGGGGGAAAUGGAUAAUGCUGUUGAUGGAUUGGAUAAGGCUUCAAUUGCUAACUCGGAUGGGCCAGCCCCAGGAUCCCAAACUCCUCCCUUCAAGAGAAAGGGCAAACUCUCUACCAUUGGCAAAAUCUUUAAACCUUGGAAAUGGCGGAAGAAGAAGGCAAGUGACAAAUUCAGAGAAACAUCGGCAGUGUUGGAAAGGAAGAUUUCGACAAGACAAAGCAGAGAGGAGCUGAUAAGAAGGGGAGUUCUGAAGGAAAUGCCUGAGCAAGAUGGUGAUGUAACAGUAAACUUUGAAACUUCAAAUGGACACACCAUAGCUAUUAGUGAAGAAACCAUCCCAGAAGAAAAUAUUGUAAAAGCCAGUGGAGAUAAUGGUGCUUUAUCAGAGAAAGAAUCUGCAGUAGAAGGAAAAAAAGAAGAUCAAAAAGAGAGCACUACUGAUCCCUGCCCAGAAAUCCCGGCAUCUCAUGCUCCACCACUACCUAGGCCUAAGCCUAAAACUAAAAAAGCUCUGCUACCACCAAAAAAUGCUAUUGCUGCUUCCGCCACUGCCAGCCAUAAGAGUAACGAUGCACCUCAUGUUAAAAAAAAGGGAAAGGCUCCUGGUAAGCAGCCUCCUCUCCCACCUCCCAAGCCAACAAGCCACAGUGCAAAUCGAGAAGCUGCUAGUUCCUCUCAUGCAAAAAAAACAUCAGUCUCCAAGUCCUCUGCAUCACCAUCUCCUUCGUCCACAUCAUCUCAUCCCAAAGUCUCUAAGGAGACAUCCAGCAAAUCAGUCACAUCAGGGACUCCCAGGGGCAAGAAAAAACCUGGGAAGCAGUCAGCCCCACGACCAGCACCAGAUGGGGCUGCUGCUUCUCCCUCAGGUGCCACAGCCAACAGAUUGGAAUUGAAGGCAGAAAAAUCUGAGCCUGAGCAGCCUUCCAUAGUGAUUUCUGAAACUGAGGACAUAGACCAGCAGAGCAAACUAGUUGUCCCCCCUCCUCCCACUGUGGCCCCUCCACCACCUCCACCUCCACCUCCUCUUCCUGCUGGAGUCAAUCAGGCCAGUGUCUCAGAUGCACAAGCCACAUCAGACAGCUGCAGACCAGGGCCAUUUGUUGCUGGAUCAGAUUAUAAACCUCCUGUCCAGACUGAACAUGGCACAGAUGAGAACCUGAGCAGUACAGCCCUAGACAACAGUACAGAUGCUGGGGAAGAGGACGUGGAAAGUUUGGCAACCAGAGAAGACGAAGAGGAGGAGACAUCAAACCAAACACAUGCUGAACCAGGGGAGGAGGCUUCAGAAGCUGCAGCCACUCCUGAGAGUGAAAGCAACAGAGACAGCCACAGCAGUGACUCAGACUCUGAUGGGCCCAUACUCUACACUGAUGAUGAUGAUGACGAUGAAGAUGAUAAUGGGACUGCUGAAAGCUCUUUGGCAAGUAAAAUUCGUCGCAGGGAUACUCUUGCUAUCAAACUUGGCAACAGACCAUCCAAGAAAGAAUUAGAAGACAAAAACAUCUUGCAGCGCACAUCUGAAGAGGAGAGGCAGGAAAUCAGACAUCAGAUUGGAACAAAACUAGUGAGGAGACUUAGCCAGAGGCCUACGACUGAAGAGCUAGAGCAAAGAAAUAUCCUAAAGCAGAAGAAUGAAGAAGAAGAACAGGAAGCCAAAAGAGAAAUAAAACGUAAACUCAGUAGAAAGCUCAGCCUGAGGCCUACAGUGGCUGAACUUCAAGCAAGAAGAAUCCUACGCUUUAAUGAAUAUGUGGAGGUAACGGAUUCGCCAGAUUAUGACCGGCGUGCAGACAAGCCUUGGGCCAGGUUAACUCCCGCAGACAAGGCAGCAAUACGGAAAGAACUGAAUGAAUUUAAAAGCACAGAAAUGGAAGUACAUGAGGAAAGCCGGCAGUUUACCAGGUUUCAUCGUCCAUAAUUUUUGGCUACAUCCC